GUGCGCAUGUCUUCGCUCUUCUCUCACACAAUUGUUUCACCUCUCAAUUCGCAGACGUGUGUUGAUUUUUCGGAUCUUUUCUCUUUCACGCUUAUGUUUGAAUCCUUUUCAGCAGUCGGGCAAGGACUUCUCCUCGUCGUUUUCUGAACCGGUCUUCUUUUAUUCUUGAUCUCUCUUCUUAUAACAACAACACACAAUGGCUGACCAACUGACCGAGGAGCAGAUUGCUGAAUUCAAGGAGGCAUUCUCAUUGUUCGACAAGGAUGGUGACGGUACGAUCACCACCAAAGAAUUGGGAACCGUCAUGCGAUCCUUGGGACAAAAUCCAACUGAAGCUGAAUUGCAGGAUAUGAUCAAUGAAGUCGACGCUGAUGGUAAUGGAACCAUCGAUUUUCCCGAAUUCCUCACUAUGAUGGCGAGAAAAAUGAAGGAUACUGAUAGCGAAGAGGAGAUUCGCGAAGCUUUCCGAGUGUUCGACAAAGACGGAAAUGGUUUCAUCUCGGCUGCUGAAUUACGCCAUGUGAUGACUAACCUUGGAGAAAAACUUACCGAUGAGGAAGUUGAUGAAAUGAUCCGUGAGGCUGACAUUGAUGGAGACGGACAAGUUAACUAUGAAGAAUUCGUAACAAUGAUGACGACCAAGUAAGCAAUUGAACGUGCUCCGAAAUUCUCAGUUCCCAACUGAUCUGUGUACCCAUCCAAAUUUUUUUGUUUUGUGUGUACCUCGUGUAUCCAUCAACAAUACACGUCGUGUGUACCAAUGUGUAUCCACACUUCCUCCAUUGUGUUUCGCGCUCGUUGUACACCCCGCAUUCAUAUAUCUGAAUUCUUGUUUUUUUUCUCAUUCUCUCAUAUAUUUUGCGAGGGUUCUGUGCUCGAAUUAUAAAUAAUAUGUGUAUCUAAAUAGAUAGAUCAUAUUAUGUUGAUCUAUUUUUUGGACUAUUCUUCUUUCGCUCUGAUUCUCCGUUCCGCUCUGUAUAAUUCCGUGUAGUUCUCUCGUUGGUGGGCUUCGCCUUUUGCCGCCGCCGCCGCGUCGCGCCGCGCUGCGCCAUCGUUGUUUUCUCUCCCCGUCGCCUCGGAGCCCUUCAAAACCAUCACAUUUGCCCUGGUUAGAGAAAUUCUCACCAUCCCUAACACCAAAUCCACAGUACACACACUAGGAGGUGAAGAGAGCCGGGCAACGCCAUAUUCUUGCGUUGUUCUUUUCGAAAGUUUCCCUCUUCCACUGAUGUUCCUUGUCUGCGUUCGAAAAUCCCC